GACCCGCAAGUCUCAGCUCUUUAUUGCAGCCCCUUAUCUGAACUGGGAGCCCUGCGCUUACUUUAGAGAAGAAAUUAAAAGUAGGUGUAGGGCUCAGUUCUAGGCUGGCUAGGGAAUGCUGGAGGUUUUUAAGAGAGGACUACACUCUGCACAUGUUUAGUCUAGGGCACUAACAGCCCAAUCCUAGGCGCGUCCACGCGGAAGUAAGGCCCAUCGAGUUCAGUGAAACCUAUUUCCCAGGGCACUCACAUUUUACUAAGUUCAGUUUUGCUGGCAACAUCAAAACAGCUAUGGCUUCAGUCUCUGGUGAUGAAAAUGCUCAGACUUCUUCAGCAGAACAAAAAGGCCAGAGCCUGAUGCAUUGUCCAAUUUCAAAUCUUAAUAAUGAAGAAAUGAGAAAGAUCCGUCAACAAUGUAAAGAGGAAAGUUUCUGGUACAGAGCUCUUCCUCUGUCUUUGGGGAGUAUGCUUGUUGUUCAAGGACUACUUGCUAAAGGUGUUCUCAAACCAAACCUUAAAUUUGGAUUCGUCCCUAAAUUAGCACUUGCUGGUGCCAUGGGUUAUGCAAUUGGGACAAUGUCAUAUAUAAGAACAUGUCAGAAAAAGUUUGAAAACGCUGGUUUUGAAAUGUUUGGCCCAGGACGGAAAAGGCAAUGUCCUCAUGUUUGCAAAGAAUGCAAAACUAAACUUGAAACAAGCCCAUUGGAAAAACCAGAAGCUUCUGUUUCUUAAAACAG